ACAACUGUCUUAGAGAAAGGAAAAAGAAAAAAGAAAAACAAAGCUCGCAAUAGAAUUCAUAUUUUAGCUUGCGGUGUCUCUAAUGGCACGGUAUGAGCCACACAAUUAUAACAUUGGUCUUAACCCUUUGUUAGCACAUAUUAACCAAAAUCAAGAGCCAAUAAAUCUGGACUCACCAGUUUCUACUACUCCGUCUAGUUUCAUCCUUUUCUCCAAUGGAGCUUUAGUUGAUGCCCAUCACAACAAUUCUCACUUCUCCCCAAAUUUAUUGCACGGUGAUUUGGGAAGAAAAAGCAAAAAAGAAGAGAGUGGGUCGAAGAGAAAAAGAAAGAGGUUGGAAGAGGAAGAAUCCAUUAAUGAAGAUGAUAUUGAGAAGCCAAGAGAUGUUGUUCAUGUUCGAGCUAAGAGGGGUCAAGCUACUGAUAGCCACAGUUUGGCUGAAAGGGUACGAAGAGAGAAGAUAAAUGAAAGGCUGAAAUGCUUACAAGACCUUGUUCCCGGCUGCUACAAGACAAUGGGUAUGGCAGUGAUGCUUGAAGUCAUCAUAGAUUAUGUUCGAUCGCUGCAGAAUCAAAUCGAGUUCUUGUCCAUGAAGCUCUCAGCGGCAAGUGCGUAUUAUGACCUUAAUUCUUUGGAUAUUGAGCCAACGGAUAUAUUUCAGGGAGGGAAUAUGUAUAGUGCUGAAGAGAUGGAAAGAAUCAUAAGAGAAAGUGUAGGAACACAGCCUCAGGAUUUCAGUUCAACAUUGCCCUUUUGAUCAUAAGAAAAAUAAUCAUAAAAGUCAUUCUAUAAUUGAACUCUAUAAAUAAGGACUUAUCAUAUCAGUAUACGUUUGUCAUAAAUGUAUAACAUUAUGAAGCUUAUGCAUAUAUGUAACUUCAAAAUAAUGUAUAGUAGAAGUUAUGCUAC